AUGGCAAAAGGCGCCUAUACGGCAAUAUCCAACGAUCAAGCCCGUACGGUCCUAACGCCGGCAUUGUUUUCGCCACAGAAACCACCACCCAAAGCUCCAAAAGCCAAAAAGACGGCACCCAGGACUUCUAUCACACAACCAAAAUCUAUCGCAAAUACAUAUUUCAAUCGCAGUGCACUAUCGCAGGAUAACAGCAAAGAUGAUACGUUUGCUUUUAUGCUGGAUGCCACGGAGGUUGCUAGGGUGAAAGAAGCUUCGGAAGCUUUAUUGUCUAGUCUAACCUCUAUGGAAAGCGACUAUUCGGAUGCCCAGAUAGUCGACACGGCAUCAUUAGAUAAGCUACAGGCGGAGCGUGCAGCGGCAACAUUUGGCGAUACCAGCUGCAUCCCACUGCUUCACCACCCACGUGGUGCGGCAUAUGCCAUGUUAAGGGUGCCGCCAUUAUCCAAUUUUGGACCAAUGAUAAACACCAGAGGUGUGAUGGCGCUACUGUUGCUUGAACUCGCUCCUGGCAAGCUGUUUUACGAGAGCCUGAACCUUACAAGUAAACGUAGGAUACCAUGCCCAAGGCAAUCACACGUUCUGGUAUUACCAGACGACGUAUUCAAGCUUUCUAACGAAAGCGAUAGUGUAGAAGCAUGUGUACUUAUGUUAUCAUGUCGUAAAGAUGGCAAGGAGUUUAACAUAGAACAGCAUGUCCAAGGGGCCUUCCUCACCCCUGUACGUUAA